AUGGAUGUGUCUUUCUUUGAAUCUCAGUCUUAUUUUCUCUCAUCCCCGGUGUCCCCGUCAUCUCUUCAGGGGGAGCCUUGUUGUGAAGAGAUUCCUGUAUCACUACCAUCACCAUCAGUUAUUGCGACUCCUGAGACUCCUGUAUCAGUGUCUUUCUUUGAAUCCCUGUCGUAUUUUCUCUCAUCCCCGGUGUCCCCGUCAUCUCUUCAGGGGGAGCCUUGGUGUGAAGAGACUCCUGUAUCACUACCAUCACCAUCAGUUAUUGCGACUCCUGAGACUCCUGUAUCAGUGUCUUUCUUUGAAUCCCAGUCGUAUUUUCUCUCAUCCCCGGUGUCCCCGUCAUCUCUUCAGGGGGAGCCUUGGUGUGAAGAGACUCCUGUAUCACUACCAUCACCAUCAGUUAUUGCGACUCCUGAGACUCCUGUAUCAGUGUCUUUCUUUGAAUCCCAGUCGUAUUUUCUCUCAUCCCCGGUGUCCCCGUCAUCUCUUCAGGGGGAGCCUUGGUGUGAAGAGACUCCUGUAUCACUACCAUCACCAUCAGUUAUUGCGACUCCUGAGACUCCUGUAUCAGUGUCUUUCUUUGAAUCCCAGUCGUAUUUUCUCUCAUCCCCGGUGUCCCCGUCAUCUCUUCAGGGGGAGCCUUGGUGUGAAGAGACUCCUGUAUCACUACCAUCACCAUCAGUUAUUGCGACUCCUGAGACUCCUGUAUCAGUGUCUUUCUUUGAAUCCCAGUCGUAUUUUCUCUCAUCCCCGGUGUCCCCGUCAUCUCUUCAGGGGGAGCCUUGGUGUGAAGAGACUCCUGUAUCACUACCAUCACCAUCAGUUAUUGCGACUCCUGAGACUCCUGUAUCAGUGUCUUUCUUUGAAUCCCAGUCGUAUUUUCUCUCAUCCCCGGUGUCCCCGUCAUCUCUUCAGGGGGAGCCUUGGUGUGAAGAGACUCCUGUAUCACUACCAUCACCAUCAGUUAUUGCGACUCCUGAGACUCCUGUAUCAGUGUCUUUCUUUGAAUCCCAGUCGUAUUUUCUCUCAUCCCCGGUGUCCCCGUCAUCUCUUCAGGGGGAGCCUUGGUGUGAAGAGACUCCUGUAUCACUACCAUCACCAUCAGUUAUUGCGACUCCUGAGACUCCUGUAUCAGUGUCUUUCUUUGAAUCCCAGUCGUAUUUUCUCUCAUCCCCGGUGUCCCCGUCAUCUCUUCAGGGGGAGCCUUGGUGUGAAGAGACUCCUGUAUCACUACCAUCACCAUCAGUUAUUGCGACUCCUGAGACUCCUGUAUCAGUGUCUUUCUUUGAAUCCCAGUCGUAUUUUCUCUCAUCCCCGGUGUCCCCGUCAUCUCUUCAGGGGGAGCCUUGGUGUGAAGAGACUCCUGUAUCACUACCAUCACCAUCAGUUAUUGCGACUCCUGAGACUCCUGUAUCAGUGUCUUUCUUUGAAUCCCAGUCGUAUUUUCUCUCAUCCCCGGUGUCCCCGUCAUCUCUUCAGGGGGAGCCUUGGUGUGAAGAGACUCCUGUAUCACUACCAUCACCAUCAGUUAUUGCGACUCCUGAGACUCCUGUAUCAGUGUCUUUCUUUGAAUCCCAGUCGUAUUUUCUCUCAUCCCCGGUGUCCCCGUCAUCUCUUCAGGGGGAGCCUUGGUGUGAAGAGACUCCUGUAUCACUACCAUCACCAUCAGUUAUUGCGACUCCUGAGACUCCUGUAUCAGUGUCUUUCUUUGAAUCCCAGUCGUAUUUUCUCUCAUCCCCGGUGUCCCCGUCAUCUCUUCAGGGGGAGCCUUGGUGUGAAGAGACUCCUGUAUCACUACCAUCACCAUCAGUUAUUGCGACUCCUGAGACUCCUGUAUCAGUGUCUUUCUUUGAAUCCCAGUCGUAUUUUCUCUCAUCCCCGGUGUCCCCGUCAUCUCUUCAGGGGGAGCCUUGGUGUGAAGAGACUCCUGUAUCACUACCAUCACCAUCAGUUAUUGCGACUCCUGAGACUCCUGUAUCAGUGUCUUUCUUUGAAUCCCAGUCGUAUUUUCUCUCAUCCCCGGUGUCCCCGUCAUCUCUUCAGGGGGAGCCUUGGUGUGAAGAGACUCCUGUAUCACUACCAUCACCAUCAGUUAUUGCGACUCCUGAGACUCCUGUAUCAGUGUCUUUCUUUGAAUCCCAGUCGUAUUUUCUCUCAUCCCCGGUGUCCCCGUCAUCUCUUCAGGGGGAGCCUUGGUGUGAAGAGACUCCUGUAUCACUACCAUCACCAUCAGUUAUUGCGACUCCUGAGACUCCUGUAUCAGUGUCUUUCUUUGAAUCCCAGUCGUAUUUUCUCUCAUCCCCGGUGUCCCCGUCAUCUCUUCAGGGGGAGCCUUGGUGUGAAGAGACUCCUGUAUCACUACCAUCACCAUCAGUUAUUGCGACUCCUGAGACUCCUGUAUCAGUGUCUUUCUUUGAAUCCCAGUCGUAUUUUCUCUCAUCCCCGGUGUCCCCGUCAUCUCUUCAGGGGGAGCCUUGGUGUGAAGAGACUCCUGUAUCACUACCAUCACCAUCAGUUAUUGCGACUCCUGAGACUCCUGUAUCAGUGUCUUUCUUUGAAUGA